AUGCCUGUUGUCAGUAGCGGUCACGACGAAGAAGACUGGCCGCCCCCAUCUCCGGCGAGCAGCGGUAGCGGAAAGAACGCGGCGGCAACAACGAGGCAGGGGGAGGGGAAAGAGAGCGAGCAGCUUGCGGAAGCCGCGCGCGCAGCCUCUGAGGAGCAACAACACGAGGGGCCCGCUGAGCGUUUGGCGGUGAUGGGUACGCCGGCAAGGAAGGCGGCGGCGGCGGCGGCGGCGGCUGGAGGGGAGGGGGGAGCCGGCAUCGCUCACCAAACGCCACGACAGGCGGCCAUCGCUGCGAAGAAGGAACUGACGGAACAGAAGAGGAGGAAGGCGGCGAUGCUCAAGCAGCAGGAACUUGAGAUGAAGAACAUCGCGAAAGCAAAGCAGGCAGAGCUGGCGGCGGAGCAGCAACGGACGCUGAGGGAGAGGGCGGAAAGGGCUAAGAAGCAAAGGCUGGCGGCGGCCUCCGCCAAGAAGGCAGCCAAGGAGAAGCAGACCGAGAAACAGGCUCGGGCGCUACAGGAGAAGAUGGGCGAACAGCGGGAGCUCAACGAGCGUCUAGCGAAGGAGGAGAGGGCAAGAAGACGGGAGAGCCUCGCCCACAGGAGCGCCGCUUGGGAGCGCGAGCGGGAGAUGAAGAAGAGCCAGAGGAAGGCGCGGAAGCAGGAGCAGCGCCUGGUCAUGGAGGGGCACGAGUUGUUCCGGGAGGCGAAGAGCCGCGUGAAAAAGCAGCAGGAGCGGACGGACAAGCAGGAACGGGCGUGGCGGGCUAACCGGGCGUACCUCGACAAGUCCCUCGAUGAGGGGGCCGAAGACAAAAGGGCGUACGAGGCGUAUGAUGCGAGGAUGGACAGGUACCAGGACCAGGCGGCGUUGGACAGGGCGGAGGAGGAAGAGAGGCGGCUUCGGAGGACGUCCGCGCAGUGGGGGCGGAACAAACAGCUGCUGGACCGCGAGAUCGAGCAGGGCUCGGGCAAGGCCUUGGACCCCUUCAAGCUGGCGGACGAGCUGUUCCAGCGAGCGGAGAGCCGAAAGGAGGACGCGGAGUACCGGGAGGCCCAGAAGGCUCUCUGGCGGGAGUCGCAGCAGCGGCAUCGCAGGUCCGAGGCACGGAGGAAGGUGGUCGGAGAGGCCCUACAUGAGGAGGAGAGGGAGAGGGAGGCCGAUCUCACGGCGUCGAAGGAAGAGGGCAUGAGAGACGUGGAGGCGUACCGGCAGGAGUGCCUCCGUCGGGAUCGCGAGUCGCUGGAUUGGCACCGUCAGAAGUUCUUCGAUGACCGAGCGGUGGAGGAGUGGACGAAGGGGAUUGCCAAGGCGGCGGAGACGGAAGACCGCGAGCUGAGCGAGCUCGCCCGACUGGACAGCGAGGCAUACAAGCGCCGGGUGGAAGAGACACAGAAGCUUGAAGAGGAGUACAGGCGGCAGCAGCAGAUUGAGGGUCGCUUCAACAAGGAGGACGAGGAGCUGCGGAUGAGGGAGCAGGAGGCGGAGGAGCGCAGGGUAAUGCUGGAGGACAGGGAGAGCGUCUCUGCCAGCAAGCGGAGGGAGGAGCAGGCGGAGUUGGACAGGCUGGAGGGGCUCCGCGACACGCCGUCGGACAAGACCAAGCUCGAGAUCCUGGAAGCGAUGUGGGCGAGGCAGACCCACCCUGCGGCCGCCGCCGCCGCCCGCGGCCGUCGCCGCCAGAGCAGCCGCCGCCUGGACCUCCGGACGGUGAUAGAGGCCGGCUCUUCGGCGGAGCUCGGUACAAGCGGCGGCAGCGGGUCUACCAGCAGCGGGAUGGGGAUCAAGGGAAGGGAUAGCGGCGGUGGGUUUUGCAGCGAUGAAGACAGUCUUCUGGCGGGGUGGCCGGGGAGCGGGCCGGAAGACACCGGCGGCGGCGGUGGUGGCGGUGGGCUGCGCGUGCGGACGGGUAGCGGUUGCUCCGCGGCGUCGUCGUCGGCGCUGUCGAUGCCGUCGCUGCUGGACCAGUCGGCGAUGGCCCUGGUGGGCAACGUGCGCCUGGCGGAAGAGGAGGAGGAUGAAGAGGCUGUCAGCCCGAGCUGGGAUGGCUCUCUCCAAGAAGUGGACGAUGCGGCCGCCGGCGGCAAGCCCGUGGUUGGGCUGCUUGUGGAGGAGGAGGGAGGCGGGCAAAGAUCAAGCGAGACGCACUACCCCCCGUCCCCCGCGACUGCACCGGCGUGGGAGGACUUGAGCCAGCUCGAGGAACAGCAGACGGCAGCAGCAGCAGAGGCGGCGGCGAGCACGAUGAUGACCGCCGAGGCCGCGGCGGUGCUAGCGGCCGCGGCGCGGAGCUUUGAUACCCCGUCAAGCUCCAUCGAAGGCCGAUAUGUGGAGGAAGCGGCAGCGACGGCCGGGGGCGGUGGCGAGCGCGAGUUCCCCGCGCGCAUGCUGGUGUUCUCCGAGAAGGAGACCGCGGAGCAGGGGCGGGGCCACCAGUCGGGCGGGAGCGGGGCCGACGACGGAACAACGGCGGCGGCGGCGGCGGCGGCUGCGAGUGGCUCGGCAACUGCUGCCGUGGGGAACGGCGACGGCGGCGACGAGAGCGGCGUGCUGAUGAUGUCCAGGACGGAGGAGGAAGACGCGUCGGCGUUGCAGCCGGCGGCGGCUGUGUCAGCGGCGGCGGCGAACAGCGGCGGUGGCUCGCCCGGCAUGGUAUCGUUCGACGAGGACGAGGCGGCGGGGGACCCGUGCAGAGAGAGCUUCGUUCUCGGACUGGUGAGGGAGGUAAGGGCGGAAGAGAGCGCUGCCGCUUCUGCAGCUGACGUCCGCGCGGGAUCACCGCCGGAAGACGGGGCCCUGGCCUCGUUGGACGGCAACGAGGGCUCCCUGGCGGUAGAAGACGAGGACGCCGCCGCCGCCGCCGCCGCCGCCGGCAAGGAAAAGGAGGAGGGGAAGCCGCGGAAAGGAAGACGUCGUCGGGACGACCCUCCCCGCGAAGAAGACGGGGGGUCCCGCCGGGGACGCGUUGGUCGCUGCUGCUGGCGCUGCUGCGGUACCUGCAACCCCGGUUACUCCGGAUAG